AUGUCCAUGAACUUUGAUGAUUGCGGAGUUGUCCGCGAGGGAUUCCCCCGCCAAUUCCCUAACACACCUUCCAAUGUCCUCGAGCAACUCCGCAUGAACGGAAAAGUGGUUGUUGUCACUGGCGCAGCGGAUGGGAUUGGAUAUGCCGUAGCUGAGGCCAUUGCUGAAGCCGGUGGCCAUGUCGCAUUCUGGUAUAACUCAAAUGACAUUGCAAUUCAAAAAUCGAAAGAUCUGGGAGCUUUACACAAUGUGAGAACGGCUGCCUACAAGGUUGAUGUCUCUGUCUCGACUGAAGUUCAAGGAAACAUUGCCAAGGUAGUGCAGGACUUUGGCAAAGUGGAUGUUUUCAUUGCCAACGCAGGAAUGGCUAUUUCAAAGCCUAUCCUUGAACAGACCCUUGACGAAUAUCGCAAACAGAUGUCUGUGAAUGUCGAUGGCAUUGUCUACUGCGCAAAGUACGUCGGUGAAGUGUUCAAAAAGCAGGGCUUCGGCAACCUUAUCAUCACCUCAAGCAUGAGCGGACACAUCGUCAACGUGCCAACCGACCAGCCUGUUUACAAUGCGACUAAGGCCUAUGUUACUCACUUUGGAAAGUCUCUUGCCCGGGAGUGGCGCGAGUUCGCUCGAGUGAAUAUUGUUUCACCAGGCUUUUUCGAUACUAAGAUGGGUGCGAGUGGAUUCGCUAUUAAUGAGGCAUACCGAAUGUCUGCUGUUGGGCGCCAGGGCCAUACCAAGGAAAUCAAGGGCUUAUACCUGUAUCUUGCUAGUGAUGCCUCUACCUAUAUGACAGGAAGCGAUGUGCUUAUUGAUGGAGGCUAUGUUUUGCCAUAA